CGUGCUUCCGCUUGCGCGGAGAGGCUAGAGGAAACUUUCCCAGAGUUCCUUCGAGCUGCCUGGGUUCCCGCGGGAGCUACAGCUGUAGCGGCGGGGAGGUAGCCAAGUACCGCUGCUGAUUGGGUGAGGAGUGGGAAGAGUACUGGAACACCACCCGUAGGCGUCAGACCUCGGCAGUGGGAGGCCCAGCGCACCGCAGCCCCGCACUCAUCCCUACAGCAGACGUGAGCCGGACAGGCUGCGGGAAAAAGAGCCGCAUGGGCUCGGCCGGUGAAAGCAGGUCACGGUCCGGCCCGGCUUCCUCCGGAGCUACCCCUGUCUCGGCAGAGUUCAGGGUCGGGGUCAGGCCGCUCGUGUUUCUCUGUAGCGCUUCACGGCUAGGCGGUAGAGCACCACACCCCACAUCCUGACCUUUUCGGCCUGCAAUCACUUCCGUGCAAGGGGAAGCUCCAGAACAACAGAUGCACCCUCGUACCGAGCUGCUUGGGUUGUUGUUGCCAAGGGCUCCGCCUAGACUACUGCGCGCGUCUGGAACGCGCCAACUAGAGUGGCCCACAUGCGUGCUCACCGCCGACUGUUCUGUCCCCUUGAGGAGUCACCACCCUAUACUGGAAAUCGCGGCUCCUCCCCACAUCCAGAACAAGUGGCUUGAGGGUGUUGGGGGCGGCUGCUCUCUCGUUGCCCAAUCGGGCCGGGCCUCGGCACCGGCACCUCGUCGCGGAGGAAGGUUGCGAUCAGAAAGUGGAAUCUCUUGUCACUUCUCAGUUUCGCCCAGCCUACGGUAGUGGGGCCCCAGCUGAGGAAGACUGGUGCUCGGGGUCCCUCCCACUCGUCCCAGGCCAACGGUGAUGGCCGGGCCCGGGGAUCCGCGGCGACUUUGCAGGCUGGUGCAAGAGGGCCAGCUGCUUGCCCUGCAGGCGGAGCUGCAGGAGGCUAGAGGCUACCAAGGACCGGCCGGGGACACCCUCCUCCACUGUGCAGCCCGUCACGGGCGCCUGGACAUCCUAGCCUAUUUGGCCGAAGCCUGGGGCAUGGACAUUGAGGCCGCGAACCGAGACUACAAGAGGCCUCUACACGAGGCUGCCUCCAUGGGCCACCGGGACUGCGUGCGCUACCUGCUGGCCCGAGGGGCAGCUGUGGAUAGCCUGAAGAAAGCCGACUGGACUCCUCUGAUGAUGGCUUGCACAAGGAAGAAUCUUGAGGUGAUCCAGGACCUUGUAGAACACGGAGCCAAUCCACUCCUGAAGAACAAAGAUGGUUGGAACAGUUUUCAUAUUGCCAGUAGAGAAGGUGACCCUCUGAUCCUUCAGUAUCUGCUCACUGUUUGCCCAGAUGCAUGGAAGACAGAGAGCAAAAUUAGAAGAACUCCUCUGCACACUGCAGCAAUGCAUGGCUGUUUAGAAGCAGUAAAGGUGCUUCUUGAGAGGUGUCCGUAUGAACCAGACUGCAAAGACAGCUGUGGUGUCACCCCCUUUAUGGAUGCAAUUCAGUGUGGACACAUCGACAUAGCCAGACUGCUCCUCAAAAAGCAUGAGGCUUGCUUUUCAGCUGAGGAUAGCCUGGGGGCCCAGGCUCUGCACAGGGCAGCAGUCACUGGGCAAGACGAAGCCAUCCGAUUCCUGGUGUCUGAUCUUGGUGUUGAUGUAGAUACAAGAGCAAGAACAACCCACCUCACAGCACUUCAUUUUGCAGCUAAGGAAGGACAUAUAAGCACGAUUCAGACUCUCUUGUUCUUGGGUGCUGACAUCAACGCUAAAGAUGAAAGAAAUCGAUCAGCCCUGCAUCUGGCCUGUGCGGGUCAGCACUUGGUUUGUGCGGAGUUUCUCUUGCAGUCAGGGCUGAAGGAUUCUGCCGACAUAACAGGAACCCUGGCCCAGCAGCUCAUGAAGACAGCAGGUGUCCUUCAGGGCUUUGAUUACAGUGAGGUGGCAUAAGGAUGUUUCUAAAAGGAGACAAUAAAAGCGCUCGGCCACUCGGCUAAGACCCACUUCCAUGAGGGCUGUCGACUCGUUCUCAAAGCACACCUUCCCCAUGGUGAGUAUGUAUAAUGAAGCUCAAUCAGGGCCAAAAUUUCAACAAGAGAUACUAAUAGUAAGAAUUUCAAUCACUUGGAAAUAGCUAGGACCUAACAUAUACUUCCUUCAAAAAAUUAUAUGAGAAAAUAUUUACAAGACAAGAUAGAAAAGGGAUUACAAAGUGGGCAAGAAAUGACAAAACUCAGGCUAAAGAAUAAUGAGAAGUGCUGAGCACGGUGGUGCAGGCCUGUAAUCCCAGUGGCUUAGGAGGCUGAGGCAAGAGGAUCAAAGUUCAAAGCCAGCCUCAGCAACUUAGUAAGGCCCUAAGCAAUAAAACAAGACCCUGUCUCUAAGUAAAAUAAAGGGCUGGGAAUGUGGCUUAAUGGGUUAAGCACCCCUGAGUUUAAUUCCCAGUACCAAAAAGAAAAAAAAAAAAAAAAAACAAGAAACUUGAGAAUUAAGCAAAGGAACCCAAGAGAUGAGAAAGGGUGGAAAAGGCACUAAAUGCAGUUCAACCCAGGCCUUGCUGGAAUUCACCAGCAGAUAGCAGGCCAGAAAAAUGUCCUUUGUAUUCUCCCAGACUUUUCUUUAAAAGGCUAUUGUAAAGUAUAGGAAAUAGUUAAGGAAAAAAAAAUUACCCCACAGUUCCACCAGCUAGUUGUAACCACUCUUAUUUCCUCCCAGUUUGUCUAAAAGCCUAUGGUUAAGCUGAUGCUGUAUAUGUAGUGUUCCGCCCUAACUUUAUAUUAUAACCAAAUCUUUUAUGCUCUUAAAAAGUUUGUAAACUUUGUUUUUAUCAGUAUGUAAAGCUCCAUCAUAUCAUCUACGUUGAUUUUUUUUUUAAACAAGACUUUAUUUUACUUAUUUAUGUGGUGUUGAGGAUCGAACCUAGGGCCUUGCAUGUGUGAGGCGAGCACUAUACUACUGAGCUAUAACCCCAACCCAACAUCGAUUUUUUUAUGUAGACAUUUUAGUUGUUUUGAGGUUCUUUUAAAGAUAGGACAUAGACAAGAUAGUCAGAAAGGUGUUGUCAGAUUCGACUGAAAGCAGGAAUCAAGGGAGAGGGAAACGGCUGUCGGGUUGCUCGCCAGGCACAGUAGAUGGUUGGGAGGCAUUCAAGGCAUGCAGGGGCUUGAGCAAGCCUGUAAUCUUUUGGAUGUGUUGAAUGGUGAUGAAAGAAAUAAGGUAGUUGAAGGACAGAAGAUUUUUUUCAGAGGGGCUGAGAGCGUAGUAUGUUUAUGGUCAGAGGGGAAGACCCAACAGUGAGAAGGAAACAAGCAGCAAGUUGGGCCCUCUGAGCUAGCGAGGUCCCUCAGCAGGUCAGGGAAACAGGGUCAGGAGACCUUGGGAUGGCUCAUAUGCAGAAGUGGAAGUAAUAUCUCUUAUUUAGAGAGAUUAGUAAGAAAAGAAAGGCCUGGUGAAGAUAAUGAGAGAGAAAGGCAAAUCACUGAAUGUCAGGACUGGGGAAAGGGGAUGAAAUAUGUAUAUUACAUUUCCUAUAAUAAUGAGAACUUUUAUUUGAUAGUCUUACACUUUUUAAAAUUGCUUUCAUAAACCAGCAACAUGCAGAAGGGAUCAAGAUUCAAUUAGAAUGGGUGAUAUAGUUUAUAUUGAGAAGAAAAUGAGGUAGGAACAAGGCCUAGCCUCUAACAUUAGCUGGGAAAGGAAAGAUUUGCUUGACACACAUGGCUAGACCCAUCAUUCAGUGUCUACAGAAUCCUAACCCCUUAACCAUCCCUUAGACAGGUCAUAAUGAGGUCAGGCCUAUGCAUUCCUGAGAAAGGAAUUAUGGAAUGAUGGCAUUUAUCAGCCACCUAACUUCUGUGCAAUUUCCAGCCUGAACCCAUCAAGCUAGGCAUCUCUGCUGGCAUUUCAGCCUGCACAAUGUCUUCUGUAAACUAGAUCUCUUCUCCUUCCUCCAGGCUUCCCUUCUAAGGGGCUCAGAACACCUUGGGUGGGGUGCGGGGAUGAAGUAUUUGAAUCAACAUUUUAAAAAAAUAGCAAAGAUAAUUCACUUUUACACAGGGUUUUACUGUUUCAGAGAUUUUUCACAGGGUGGGAAAGAAGCAGCAUAGCUUAGUUAUCAGUAUGUGCUCUGAAUUCAAACUCCAGCCAAUAGCUAAUCAUAUGGCCUUGGAGGAUUUACACCACUGUCUCUAAGCCCCAGCUUCCUCACCUCUAAAUGAGAGUGCCUAAAUGGGAUCAUCUAUGUUCACUUGGUUAUCAAACACUGAACACCCACUGUGUGCCGGGCAUGGAGGCUUCAGCACCAGACAGCCUGGAUGAGAUCUCGACUCAUUGUGGUCAGGGAAAAUCCAACCCCUGUCCCAGAGUGAUAAAGUGGCAACCCAGUCAGGAGCGCAGGUGUCCAGCACGGGCUUCAGCUGUGUGGAUCCAGCUUUGCUGGCACAGGCCUGAGGUGCAUCAAGCCAGAGCCAGAGGCAAGCCUGGGCGUGCCAACCUAUCCCACUCAGGCAGUCCUUCUGGGGUCAGAACCCUGGAGCAUCCGUGAUCCCACAAGCUCAAUCUCCCACUUCCCAUGGAGCAGCAGGAAAAUGGAAGUGGGGCAGACCUGAAUGAAUGUUCAGGCUCAAGGGUUAACCAAUAACAUUGCCAAACCCUGAAUAGCAUUAAGUUUGGACCAAUGGUGUUGACCCAUGUGCCAAACUCCUAGAUUAGCAUACUCAGGCAGCAACUGCUGUAGGGGUCUCCUCUUGCCUGUGCAAAAUUUCUGUUUCUAUUCUUCACACUUGAAUGAAUCCUAACUCCUUUCCCUUUCACUGUUGCCUUCCAUUGUCUCAUGAAUUUCAUUCUUUAGAUUUGCAAGACAAAAACCUGGAAAGAAGUUGGCAGUGAGCUGCUGAAUUCUACUGGAGCUGCAGUACUGAGAUCUGCAACUCACCACUCAGUGGUAAUGGAGAAGAAUCAGGCUUUCUGGGCUGCAAAGGCCUGCAGCUUACACAGACUCCACCAGCCAACAGAAGCAGAGAAUCAAGUUUCAUCACAAACUCCAGUUUUAAGGGGAGAUAGCCUGUAGACCUCAGACUGGUGGUUAUAUACCAGGUGGUGAUUAGUGUGAAGAGAAUAAAGUAGAGAAGGGGCAGGAAGAGCCAAGGGUUGGUUCUCUGAGCAGAAAACAUUGUUAGCUGUGAGAAAACAUUCCACACAGAGCCAACAGUGGCUGUGUGUUGGGGAAAAGGGAAGGAAGCCAGCAUGGCAGAAAUGAGUAAGCAGGGAGCAAGUGGCUGGGGCUGAGGUCAGGGCUGGACUGCAAAGGCCCUUUUGGACUGUUUUCCUCUGGGAAGAGGGAGGAAGCCAUUUUGGGGUUUUGAGUAGAGGAAUGAUUAAAUCUGACCUGGGUGUUUU